AUGCACAAUACAUGUGUAGAAAUAAAUGAACGUAUCGAAACUUUAACGACAAUGGCACGAGCUUUUAUCAUUAGAUUAUUAAUAUUUGUCAUAUUGUUAGGCAAUAUUGUUGGAUUAAAUCUAACUGAAUAUCUUUCGGCUGUAGAAUACUUAACUCUUAAUGAAGAUUUUGUGGAAGAAUAUACCAAAUGGUCGUUGGAAGUGUUUUCUCAACCACAUUAUUUGUAUGAUUGGUCUCCUCAACCUUUUCCUUGUUCAACAAAGGAAAUGCGAAGUUCGGAAGUUCCGACAUCGGUUCAUGCUCUACGACCGGGUGAUAUCCAAUGUGUUGCAGCUCUAGGCGAUAGUUUGACAGCGGGUAUGGGUGCUAAAGCUAUUACUCCCAUUGGCGUUCUUUUGGAGAAUCGAGGUGUUGUCUGGUCGAUCGGUGGUGAUUAUACCUAUCAGAAAAUUUUGACAUUACCCAAUAUUCUUCGUCUGUAUAAUUCAAAAUUAAAAGGUUUUUCAACGAAAACUUCAAUAUCAUUUCUUAAUGGUCAAAAUGCAAAACACAAUGGACUCAAUGUCGCAAAAUCGGGUGCUCGUUCAUAUCAUAUGGUUGAUCAAGCUGAUCUUCUCUUAGAUCGAUUGAAGAAUAAGGAAUUAUGCGAUUGGAAUAAUGAUUGGAAGCUUAUUACAUUUUUCAUCGGAGGAAAUGAUUUGUGCGAUUUUUGUACUGAUUUGAUCAAACAUGAUCCAGCAAAGUUUGUCAGUUGGGUGCGUGAUACACUCGAUCGAUUAUAUAAUGCCAAUCUACCUCGUACAUUGGUCAAUCUUGUACUGGUACCUGAUAUUCGCCCUGCAAAAGAACUUGCACAGAGCAAUUUUAUUUGUGGACUUCUCUAUAAAUUUACAUGUCCAUGUGCAGCAUAUCCGACGGAAGAACAAGCAAAAAUCUUAACUGAAUGGACACCACGCUAUCAACAAGGCCUCAUCGAUUUAGUCAAUACAGGUCGCUAUGAUAAUCGUGAUGAUUUCACUGUUGUUGUUCAACCAUUUUUCAGUGAAACUGUACCUCCUCGAAAAGACGAUCAAAUUGAUUUUAGUUACUUUGCUCCUGACUGUUUCCAUUUUAGCGGUAAAGGUCAUUCAGUCGCAGCAUUAUCACUUUGGAAUAAUAUGUUCGAACCAGUUGGGAGAAAAAAAACUUCAUGGCAUAAGGAUGAACCAUUUGAAUGUCCUACACAAGAUCAUCCUUUCAUUUAUACAUCCAAAAAUUCGAUGAUAACACUGAUACCUCAUCGACCUUGA